CCUUCUUCCGCUCAUGCCUCGACAUGCGGGAGAUCGAGCGGCUAGGGCCGCGGCCCAUGCUCGAGGUCAUCGCCGACUGCGGGGGCUGGGACUCGGCGCGCUGGGACCUGAACCGGCUGCUGUAUAAGGCACAGGGUGUGUACAGCGCGGCCGCACUCUUCUCGAUCACCGUCAGCCUGGACGACAGGAACUCCUCCCGCUAUGUGAUCAGAAUUGAUCAGGAUGGGCUCACUCUGCCGGAGAGGACCCUGUACCUGGCUCAGGAUGAGGAGAGUGAAAAGGUCCUGGCGGCCUACAGGUUGUUCAUGGAGCGCCUGCUCAGCCUGCUGGGUGCUGACUCAGUGCAGCAGAAGGCCCAGGAGAUCCUGCAGCUGGAGCGGCAGCUGGCCAAUAUCACCGUGUCAGAGUACGACGACCUGCGGCGGGACGUCAGUGCCAUGUACAACAAGGUCACGCUGGGCCAGCUGCAGAAGAUCACCCCCCAUCUGCGGUGGAAGUGGCUGCUGGACCAGAUCUUCCAGGAGGACUUCUCGGAGGACGAGGAGGUGGUGCUGCUGGCCACAGACUACAUGCAGCAGGUGUCCCAGCUCAUCCGCUCCACACCCCACAGGAUCCUGCACAACUACCUCGUGUGGCGUGUGGUGGUGGUCCUGAGUGAGCACCUGUCCUCCCCCUUCCGUGAGGCGCUGCAUGAGCUGGCUCGAGAGAUGGAGGGCAGUGACAAGCCCCAGGAGCUGGCCCGAGUCUGCCUGGGCCAGGCCAACCGCCACUUCGGCAUGGCACUUGGUGCCCUCUUUGUACACGAGCACUUCUCGGCUGCCAGCAAAGCCAAGGUGCAGCAGCUGGUGGAAGACAUCAAGUACAUUUUGGGUCAGCGCCUGGAGGAGUUGGACUGGAUGGAUGCCCAGACCAAGGCUGCUGCUCGGGCCAAGCUCCAGUACAUGAUGGUGAUGGUCGGCUACCCGGACUUCCUGCUCAAACCAGAGGCUGUGGACAAGGAGUAUGAGUUUGAGGUCCACGAGAAGACCUACUUCAAGAACAUCCUGAAUAGCAUCCGCUUUAGCAUGCAGCUCUCCGUCAAGAAGAUCCGACAGGAGGUGGACAAGUCCACGUGGCUGCUCCCCCCGCAGGCGCUCAACGCCUACUAUCUACCCAACAAGAACCAGAUGGUCUUCCCAGCAGGCAUCCUGCAGCCCACCCUGUAUGACCCGGAUUUCCCUCAGUCUCUGAACUACGGUGGCAUCGGCACCAUCAUCGGGCACGAGCUGACCCACGGCUACGAUGACUGGGGGGGCCAGUACGACCGCUCUGGAAACCUGCUGCACUGGUGGACGGAGGCCUCGUACAGCCGCUUCCUGCGCAAGGCUGAGUGCAUCGUGCGCCUCUACGACAACUUUACUGUCUACAACCAGCGGGUGAAUGGGAAGCACACGCUUGGGGAGAACAUCGCAGACCUGGGGGGCCUCAAGCUGGCCUACCACGCCUAUCAGAAGUGGGUGCGGGAGCACGGCCCAGAGCACCCGCUGCACCGGCUCAAGUAUACACACAACCAGCUCUUCUUCAUCGCCUUUGCCCAGAACUGGUGCAUCAAGAGGCGGUCGCAGUCCAUCUAUCUGCAGGUGCUGACGGACAAGCACGCUCCUGAGCACUACAGGGUGCUGGGCAGCGUGUCUCAGUUUGAGGAGUUCGGCCGGGCCUUCCACUGCCCCAGGGACUCGCCCAUGAACCCUGGGCACAAGUGCUCGGUGUGGUGAGCCCGCUGCCCACCGCCCGCGCGCCCCCAAUGUCCUGCACGAACCUCCUCCUGCUGGCUGCCGGGCAGGCAUGCAUCCGGGCUGCCCCGCUCUGGGUCUCUGGCCUCCCAGCCCCUCCAGCCCAAGCCCCUGGACAGGCCUGGAGCAGGGGUGGGGUGGGCUCCAGGGGAUGUGGGGGACCAUCGCGUCCAGACCCCGCACCUCCGCCAUGUUCUUGCUGCUAUCUGGUCAAUA